AUGAAGUUGCGCCGAUUGGAUGGAACGGUUGAUCCGUGGCGUCGAUUCGCGGCGUUGGUCGCGAGCAAAGUGAGUUUUUCAACCAAUUUUCUUCGCGUUUUUCUCAUUGUUCUGGCCGUGGGCGGAGCCUGCGAGAGGUACGACGAUGCGACAGUAUGAGAAUGGGUUUUUGUGGGGUUGGCGAAAAGAAGGCCUACAGUACCGCUUGGGAAUAUUUUUUAUCGUUUUUGCGGGGAGAAAUUGAUAAGAAACUGUAGAAGUGAGAAUAGAAUUGCUUAAAAAUUUAAUUUCUUUUUGAUCUUUACACUUCGUACCCGCGUUUAGAGGCUCCUAAUUGUCCUUAUUUCUUUAAUCUUAUGAUCUGCCAUAGGAAUAUCAGUUGGGCGCUACGGCUUUUCGGGUCAGCGACAGUUCGGGCCGACGAUAUCUUGGGUUGCAAAUUGCAUUGAUUUGUUUUUUGAUGCACGAGGUAGGCUAGGAGAAGGCUUAGUUAGCAGAAAUAGUAAGAUUGAUCAGGUCCUAGGAUAGCUUAUCACCUAUUUUGAAGUAUUUUACAUGUACUCAUAUCAAUAAUAUCUAGAAAAAAGUUACGGAUAUGUGGGUUUUUGCCGCUAAUUUUGGUUUUUAUACGUUGCAACAACUCAGUUAGAGGAAAAUAACGUGAGUAAUAGCCGAAAUUAGAAAAAUUUGGCAUGCUGCAAGCCUGUGCCUAGUCUCCGGCGAGGCUUCGCCGAGCCUUCGCCGAGCCUUCUCCGAGCGUCCGCCGAGCCUUCGCCGAGCCUUCGUCGAGGCUUUGCCGAGGCUUCGUCGAGCGUCCGCCGACCAUCCAACGGCUUUGCCGAGUCUCGUAGGCACUUCGUAAAAACUUUUUUUUUGGCAUCCACUUGUACUAUACUUCGGUCGAUUUUUUGUGGGCCCGAAAAGUCGGAACGGGAAUCAAUCCCGUUCUCUUUGGGGGUUAUUAAAACAACAAAUUUACACAUGACCCUGCCAUAAAACCUUUUUAUAUAAAGGACAAUUGUUUAUUCAAUCAGAAACACCUUUUAUGACGUGCUUUACAUAAAAGUUCAUGUAACCUUUUACUACAAAACAAAAGCAAAAAAUCCCAUGAAAGAUCUAAAAAUAAUGUUUUUCAGCCAUGCAGACCAACCUAUGGCCCGGAUUUCUCCAUUCUACCGGUAGAGAUUCUCCUCAAAAUCUUUCGAAAUCUCAGUGUCGCAGAUCUGGGAAGACUCUGCCAAACAUGCACAAAAUUUUGUAAAAUCAUCCAAAAUUAUCGCUUAUCACUGGAGAUUCUGCACAUUCCAACAAUAGUCAUUCAAUACGGGAAAUGGUUUGAUGUGUUGACCAAAGUCAAGUCGAGUAAGUUUAUUUGUAUAAUUUUUGGACGUCCGAUUUUCUCAAUUCUUCCUAGAAUUCGAGUAUUUUUGUUUUCACGUUAAAAACUUUUUGGCCAUUUCGUGAAAUUUCGAUUUUUUGUUUGCAGACGAGGUGAAGCUCACUUAUCAAAUGGCCUCCGACAAACGUUUGCCGAAAGUCCGAAAGCCCAGAUUUCUCAAAUCGGACAGAGUGGCCCCGUUGAAGGGGAUCAUACAGCAUUCGUAUUUUGAUGUGAGUUUAAAUUUGUGUUUGGAAAGCUUUUGAUUCUCAACCGGGUACUGAGAGGGAUUUACGGCGUAAAUUGGUUGAUUUUUGUAUUGUGUUGUAUAAAAGUGCUCUAACUGCAAAGUUCAAUAUAUUAGGAAAACUUGGCACACGCUUAAUUUAGAUUACUUAUUCUUGCCUCACAAAGACAGCGCAUGAAGUUGUGAUGCUCAGAUUUCCUUCGGACAUAGGCCAUGUUUCAAUUCGCAAAAAUUUUGGCUCGCGCUUUGAAUGCGUAGCCGAGAUAUUCAGCGGUCUUUUCGGCCCAAAGACUGUGCGAAACGAGAAGUGCGAUGAAAGAUAAAAACACCUUAACAAAGUGCCUCUGUCUUCUAACAAACUUUUAAUCUAAAAACCUCCGUUAUUUCGGCAAAGCGCGAGCUAGAAGUCUUGCAUAUUUUUUAGAAACAGAUAUUCUAAAUUUGUUCCAAGUUUUACCGAAAUCUGAAGUACCUUCCCUGUUAGCCAUUGCAUAUUCAGAACGUCUACUUUUUUACCAUGAAACUUGCAGACCACCUACAUACGGUUCGAACUCCUCCACCCAGAUAUGGUGUUUGAUCUCCAUCUUUCGAUGAUCUCAACUCGAACUCUUUACCUUGACUUUUCCCAUCAUUCAAUCCAGAAGACGCUACUUCAACGAUACUGGAAUACAAUGGCACAAGCCAUCAACGACAACGUCAAUAUUGAUGUCGUCAAUAUCAUUCUCAAUCCGAAAAACAACGAGUUAUACGGGCAGAUAUUGCGCUCUCUUCCGGAUUGCUCUGUGGAAGCGGUACUCGCGGUUGGCUGUAAAUUAUCUAAAAACUUUUUGUCGGACAUGUGA